GACGUCACUAACCAGAGAAGCCGACAGCGACAACCUCGCAUCAAAAACAGGCAGCUAAGUUGUGCUAGCUAGCCCCCCUAUCUAACAGCAGACAGUUGGCCCGCAGCUGGCUGAUCGUCACUUCAACUUUUGAGAAACAACUUUAACAACAACACGGGCUGGUGAGCGCGGUGCAGCAGGCCAACUUCCCCCCUCCCCAGAAGUCAUGGCGUGUGGAGCCACUUUGAAGAGGACCAUGGAUUUCGAUCCGCUCAUGAGUCCUACAUCCCCCAAAAGACGAAGAUGCAUCCCCGUGUCCCCGUCGUCCUCAUCCUCAUCCCCUAGGAAAUAUCUCAGCAUGGAGCCUUCGCCAUUUGGGGAGUCUUCAUCAAGACUUAGUGCAGAACAAAUCCUCAACAGCAUCAAACAGGAGUACAAACGCAUUCAAAAGAGAAAGCAUCUAGAUGGAGGCUACCAACAGUCAGAGUGCUGCUAUUCGCCAGAAUCCCCAUCCCAGUCGUCUACUAUGAAUGCUUCCAGCAUGGCUGGAACAUCCUCUGGAGGUGUCUCUCCAUCUAGAAAAGAACAGCCAUUAUUCACCCUCAGACAAGUUGGAAUGAUCUGCGAACGCCUGCUGAAAGAAAGGGAAGAGAAGGUUCGGGAGGAAUAUGAGGAGACCAUGACUUCAAAGUUGGCCGAACAAUAUGACACCUUUGUGAAGUUCACACACGAUCAGUUAAUGCGACGAUUUGGGGAGCAACCUGCAAGCUAUGUUUCCUGAGUGUGGCACAGAAUUUUUGCAAGACGGCCUUCCCACGCUGCAAGCUAUCACGUGAUAUCUCGAGGAAGAGAAGCGAAAAAAACUCAUCAUUGUAAGAGAUUAAGUUUAGCUAGUUUAAAGGAAAUUUUUCUUACUGUGCCAUAUAUCUGUCUUUGGGCAAAGGUUUAUAUGAAGCUGUUGUCAGUUGUUACCACUCUGUUGUAAGCAACUAGGUGCUUCCUCAUGUAAAUGGACCCUAUUUCUACCAGUGGCCUACGUUCCUCCAGCUGUACGUGUAUCUACAGUUAUCUCACUUUUGUAAUGAUUCCCAGCAUUCCAGGCUUUGUCACUUGUUUCUGUUUUGUUACAUGUAAAUACAAUAAAGCAGGCAUCGAGUUUUACACAAGGUUGGCAGGUCGGUCUGAAAGAAUGUGGAAGAAACGCAAGUUUGAACAGAAAGAGUAUGUUUGCUGUUUGUUCACUGCUUUUUAAACUGAGCAUAAAGUGGGCUAAUUUGCUCCCACCCCCUCCCACCACCAGUGUUUUAUUUAUUGAGUUUUGUUCUGCUGGUAUCACUUUGAAACCAAUGUACUUAUUAAAAACAAUAAACAUCUUUUAAGAGUUGAAAA